UUCGAGACCUCUAUGGGCGAGAAAGUAUAGCACUGCUAUGAGUAUCUAUGGAUUUAAAACCUGGCUCAUGUGUUUUCGGGCAAGCCAAGUUCUCGAGGGAAGGAGCAAGCAUAACAACCUUGAACAUGUACGGCAUUCAAUCAACAGUCCUCGGGAGGUCGCGAGAUUCUUCCCCAAUCAAGAUGUCACCACCGAGGAAAUCGGUUGGGCUCGAGAGGAGAAUGAGCUGCUUCUCCGCCAGCAAUAUCAGCAAAGCCGCCCCUUUUAUGAUGGCGUUGGAUAAGCAGCUAUACCAGCCCUACAGCCCACGAACGCCUCUGAUCAUGACGCCUAUACAGAAAGACGAGGUGACCAGCCCAGCUCGGCGACAGCAUCAGAGCGGCCCUUCCAACGAGUCUAGCGUCGACAAUUACUUCGAAAUUCCCUACGAUGCCGACGAAACCCGAGCCGCGCAAUCCCCAGAGACAGUGGAGGAAGAGCAUAUCGAACAGGAGAUGAAACAACACGAAAGGGGCGUCGCGGAGGCAUGCACCUUUCUGGAAGGCUUUAUCAUUGAGCGAUGGGAAACGCAAUUGCAGGCGGGAUACAUCAAAAUCGUCUGCAACUUGACCUUGGACGAGAUCAGAGAGCUUGGGAGACUACGCAUGGCAGAAGGCACAAGAGAAUGUCGAAAGCUCAUCACGGCUCCGGUACUUCACGAUGCCAUCGGCUAUGCUCUCUGGCUUGAGAUGGCAAAUGAGAUUGGCCGGCACGAGAUGACCACACAAUUCGCCAACACGAGCCUGGCUGCAGUGACCGAGAAGGAGGAGACUCCAGGACCUUCUGUCAUCAAGUGGUCCAUCGAAAAAGAGGUGGCCGAACGCAGAGCAAGAUCGAUGAGGAGGCGGGCUACAGAGGGCGACGUCUUCACUGAACCAACGCCCUCCUUGUACCGCUCAAUUCCGUCCACCGCAGAUCGUACGAGGCGAAAGAGCGAAAUGCCCACCCUUCGACCCGAUCAGAUCAUGUGCACAACAUGUGGAAGCCGUGCGAUGCCCGACUACAAAUCUGACGAAGAGCAAAGCCAAACUGAUGGGGACGAGAACUGUGAUGUGGACAUGAGCACCAUACGAGAGAAUGGCGACGUUGAGGUACUGGAGGCGAGAGACAGCAUGGAAAGGCAAGUGAAAAAGCGGAGCAGCAUUUCGAGGCGGCUGUCCCUCAAGGUGAACCAGACUCUAACAAAGUUCGGUGAGGGUCUCGCGCCUGGCUACAUGUACGGUGGUGGCGCGGGCGGCCGGGUACUGAGUUGAGUGACCAGCCGCGAGGGGAAGUUCUGCCAUUCUGAAAGUGUUUGGCCGGGCCCAUCUAUUUUCAAUAGGGACCUCUCGUUCCCGGACAAGGUGGCAGAAGUCAGUUGACAUGGAUCGAUGCCAUCAACAAGUACCGUUUGGACAGAUCAAGGAUCGCGAAGCAAUGUAGGUGGAGGAGGAUACCCAGAAUGAUACCAUCAUGGUGAGAAUGAGAGACUCCUCACUCCUGUAUGUAGGAACCUGGAUAGUCUGUGGAAGGUUGAUCCAUUUGUUUGCAGCUCUGCAUCACUGACUCCGUUGAUCCUCAAGUUCUAUUCUGAAUAUGGCGAUUAUUAGCGACAUUUUGGUUAUGUCACGGACGAACCGCGCCGAGCUCGGCCGGGCGAUGACCCGGUUGCCGUCGUUUAUUGACUUGCCUUAUGUAAGCUUAAAUUGUCCUACUCUUCCCCUGGUGCCUGUGGUCCAUCUUUGAUGAAUUCUCCUCUCAAUCAGCACCUCAUUAUGAACCCAGACACCCCCGACACACAGUUAAUCAAGGCUGCUGUGCUUCUUUUAACUUCACGCCAGCAAAUUAUGUUGGCCUGCCACGAUAUUCAAGACUAGCUUUGAACGGAAUGUCUCACCUGGGCACGCCAAUCGCGUCUACCGGUUUCUGUCGCCCCUGGUUUGUGGCGUCUGCCGGCUCCUGAGUCAUUUCUGCCGCCAGCGAGGGUCAGCGCAAAGAGUUUAUCAUCAUAUUACCAUCCCGACGCCAUCACGAUGGGUCUGGACAGUAGCGACAGAUCGAACAACCGGUGUUGUCUUCUUUAU